UUCCCUUCUUUUUGCACUUCAAUCCUUUCGAGAGACCAACAUGGUUUGAUCUCAGGCUAGGAGUAGGGUUCAAAGACAAGAAGAGAAUAAAGCUUCUUUUAUCUCUCUAUAUAUAUAUUCUUCGUUGUCCUUAUAUAUAAUACAAUAAUAAUCAUAAUAAUAAUUGCGAGAGUUGGUGGAGGAGGAGGAGGCCGGCAUGCAGCAGGACGUGAUCAAUACAACGUCAGAGCAGCUCUCCGUUCUCCUCCUUUUAAAAUGGCCUGUUUGGAAGCAGGAGGAGGGCAUCUCCAGCCCCAUCGCCGCCCAAAUCCUCGACUUCUGCGACGGCGACGUCGGUGGGGAUCUCUUCCCACCGCCCGACAUCGCCCUCCUCCGGUUCACCGACGACGUGAACGCCGAGGCGUCCGCCACCACGCCUCUCCCUUGCUACACCGACGACGCCUCCUUCUCACCCUUCCCCUCCCCCAUCGACUCCGCCACCCUCUCUGCCCUCCUCGACGCCCCCAGUGCGCAGCUGCCCGACACCGAGGCUGACGUCCUCCCCGCCGACUCCUCGCCGCUGAGCCCUCCCCUGGCCAUGUUCCCCGCACCGCCGUCUUACGCAGGGGAACACCACCUGGACCCCUUCGACGACCAGAUAUCGAUGGGCGACGCGGCCACGAGCGGGUACCGACCGUACUCGCCUGACCCCGCGGCGGUCCGGGGCCCACCAAGCUGCCACCAGCAGCGUCCGACGGCAAGCGAGGAGGAAUACUACGCCGCUGCGGCGGUGACGGCGAUGCAGCAGACACCCGGGUUCGCGGGGAUGGAGCCGUGCGUCCUCCUCGAAGGGGGCGGUGUCGGGGCGUUGUACUACCCGGGUGGAAUGGCGGGCGAAGAGGGGCGGGACGGGUUCUUUUAUGCGGGCGGGAGGAUGGCGGCGGCGCCCGGCGCGGGCUUCGUGGGACCACCUGACGUGGCGGAUUACCAUAGGAUGGAUGGUGUUUUAGGAUUGUACGCUCAGGAUACCCAGCGAGCGUAUAGCUCCGCCGAUUUGCAGGUAAUUCGAGGAGGCAGCCAACGUCUGAUGGCCGGAGGCAGUGGCAAACCGAUGCUUCUGCCAGCAUCCGACAUCCCGGUCAUGGAUGAUACCACCUUCAAAGUAGGCCGCUUGUCCGUCGAGGAGAGGAAGGAGAAGAUCCACAGAUACAUGAAGAAGAGAAAUGAAAGAAACUUCAGCAAAAAGAUCAAGUAUGCUUGUAGGAAAACUCUAGCAGACAGCCGACCAAGAGUCCGUGGACGGUUUGCUAGGAAUGAUGAAUUUGGGGAGAUAACAAAACCCAGUUCCAGCAACCAUGAAUUCGAUGAUGACGAAGAAGUGGUUGUGAAGGAAGAAGAAGACAUACUUGACUCCUUGGACAUCCUUGCACAUAUUAGUGGUGUGAACUCCUUCAAAUACAACUUCACUCUUGAGUCAUGGAUACGACCAUGAGUCCUAGACAUGAUAAGUUUGACUCUUAUUGGCUGUUUUCUUUUAUAGCCUUCAACAGCUGAUGUAGCCAUUAUAUCCAUGCAAUAAAAUGAAUGGCAUGGAAACUGAUGUUACUGCCACAAAAUUUCUUCCCAUUUUAUAAUUGUUUCAACACCAAGAUACAUAGAUAGGCAUCAUGAUGAAAAAUCAUUGUGGAACUUAUGUCUGCAAACUUUCAGAAAUCAUUCAUUCCUAUUAAGUCAUGGUGAAACAAAACAAUAAAUCAGUUGAUAAGUCUCUCAUGAACUCAAAUCAAACCAUAUAUCCUGUUAACUUGUUAACAGGUUCCCUGAUGAUAUUAGGGAUGCUGACACCAGAUUGAACUUUUGUAACCACACUAUCAUUAAUAUCUUAUGCCAGGUAACAAGAAGCAUGAGCGUUUAGUACCCAUUUUAAUCUUACAGAAAUAACCUUUAGAGAUAAUAAAUGAUGUCUGAUUUUAUCCUUGCUUUCCAAAAAAAAAAGUUUCCCACGUACAUGAGUUAUAUCUGUUCAAGAAUAGAAGUUCUAGAACAAUAUUUUUCAACAUCAAAGUCCAGUUUGAUCGUGAUGCAGGCUGAGCAAGUUAUAGGAAGCUAUCGAAAGAAUAUCCAACCACAGCAUACUCAAAAUGAACUUUAGUGACUUAUGCCCCUUAAAAGAAACUGCAGUGACUGAUGAAGUAUUUUGGACCCUUAACAGCUAAGGUAGUAGAGCAGAUUAUCCAACAAGUCCUUUGCAGGCAAUCAAAUAGUCAAAAGUUUGAAAAAGGAAAAAACACAUUCUAACAUGUUAAAGAAGUUAUUGCCGAUGUUUGCUAAGAAUAAUUACGAUGUGCAACUUGUAACAAUAAAUUUUUGGUACAACAUGCACAAGUCAGUAGAUGGUGAGAAUACUCUGACUAAUCAAGUGCAUAUUUAUGAGGUUUUCAGGCCUCUAUAAUAGAUUCAGUUCUGACAUACUUUAUUUCAGGAAUGCCUCCGGUUCUUUAAAUACCUCCUCUUUUUCUUGUGUUCUGUUUAUUUUCCAGUAUAAAUUAUGUUUUGGUUUUAUGACAGUUUUGUGACUAUAAUCCUUCAACUUUCAAUAAAAACAUGCAUAAGCCUGCAAGGAGACAUUGACCUGUCAACACAACAAAAGCUUUUGCAUCUGAAGGUACCAGACAGAUAAGAACUUGGUCAACUGUAACAAGAAUGAACAGACCAAAUUCAGGGGAAUUUUAAAUGUCUGAAGGGGACACAAAGGAAGGUCUGUUCCAGUGCAACUGAAUUUCUCAUGAAGUAGGCAGGGAACUAUUUAGCCUGGCUAUAAAAGACAAUCAAACGAACUACCAAAAGCAGACUAAAAAGGAAUAGGAAAGACAUAAUUGGAAGAUACAAUUAAAGGACAUAGUUAACUAUAACCAAAGGACUUAUCUGAAAACAGUAUAAUCUGAUUAGCUAGAAAAGUCAAAUAGAUCAUAUCAAUUAUCUUGUUGAAAUCGACAUAAUUGGGUAGGAAAGGCAUUACUGCAAAAUCAAAGGUAAAAAACACUCCUGCUGCUGUCCAAGUGAGAUGAAGGCACAUUAGCCUUGUCUCUUAGAUGUGUCACUUGGCAAUUUACCCCAAAAGGACAUUCAACAGAUCAAGUCCUAGAAGAAGAAAAAGGCUGGUUGUAUCCAGGGUAUAGGUGUUCUGGGUAGUUUAUCCUGUUUCUCAAUUCAUACAAGUAUUAGGCGACACUACUUGUCAGGAAACCAUGAUGGUUCUCUUGUUUUACUUGCAGAUCUUGAUUUCAGAAAGUUAGUUUGAUCAAUGAUCACGAUUUUCGGUUUAAAUUUAAGCACAAAUUGCUAAGUUGGAAGUUCCACCACUUUCCUCAUCUAGAGAGCAUUUUACUCAAUUACUUGUGAUGACUAGCUAAUCCUUUGGUUGAAUAUUUUGAAGAAAGUCUUAAUUCAAAGUUGAAAUGUCUCCUUAUUGGACCUAACUGAAAUAAGAAAAUAGCUAUUUGUAAUCAAAUAUUAUACUCA